GUCAAGUUUCGUAUCCAGCGCGACAAACACCUCGUGAGCACCAUACAGGCAUGAAAUUUCAUAAGCCAACUCGAGCUCAACUGAUGAUGGGUGACACUGCAAUGAGCAGAGAGUGGUGCUUUCUGGAUGGUUUGCCGAUUGGCAGGUUCGACGGGCUUCCCGUGUGCUUCAGACGCAGUCGUGAGUCAGCCAAUGUCAAGUCAGUCGGCAGGAAGCGCGAGCUCCGACGUUCGGAGCACACGCUUCCUUCACUAAUCACCGCCGAAGUCGCAACAUCUUGGUUCGUAUUAUUAUUGACGGGGCGCCAGCAACACCUGGAUUGACUAAAAACGAUGGACAAAUUUCAGCAUGCAAUGGAGGCACUGGCGAAGAAGGCAGAGGAGCUGAAAGUUAUGCGAGCAUUCCUCGAUACAGCCAGGGACCAACGGAACACAAUGAAGAAGCUUCUAGCGCAGCUGAAGGAAAGCGAAGAAGAACUGCGCAAGGUGAAGGAGAGUUACCAGUCUUUGCGUCUCAAGUAUAGCAGGACAGUGGAAGAACGGGAUGAUGCGCGCAAGACGGUUAAACACACCCACGAAGAAGAAGAGAGAUUUCAAACUGACGUAGAUACGAUUGGAGUUGACGUGAACGUCGUUCGUACCAAAGGUGGUGCAGGUCUGACGAAAGAGGAAUGCCGAAAGGAAAUCGACAAGAUAUGGGACCGCUUUCGAGAAUUGGCUGAGUCCAUGCAAGACCAACUGGAGACGAGUCGGGUGACACGGCAAACCAAGCAGGUCACAUUACAACAUUUGUCGGUGCAGAAAAUGGAGGAAAUCCUGGAGAUCUUCAGAACAGGACAGGCUCAAUCUGAGGCUUUCCCUUGUCAGGAAGACAGGAUCUCGGAUCUUGAAAAAGAACUUGCUGUGAAAGCUGAAGAACUAAGAUAUGCAGUUGAUCAAAAAGUGGAGCUCGAAGAAAGGAAUGCCAAGCUUAAAAAACAGAAGCGUGAACAGUCUAAGGAAAUUUGCCGUCUCGAGAAAGCAUUUGAAGAUAGCUUCGGAUUACUUGAAGCGCGAGAAGAAGAAGUUCGAGGGCUGAAGGCAGAGCGCGACGAAGUCGAAAAGAAGGUUGCAGAUCUGAAAGGUCAACUAGAGAAAAAGAAGGUGUUGGAGGUUGCAGCCGCCAAGAAACAAACGAGGACUCACAAUUUAAGAGUGUCUUUUCUGGAGGCAGAGUUGGAAAAAAAGGAUAAAAAGAUAUCAUGGCAACAUCAAGUCAUGAAAGAGAAUUAUUUAUGUGGUUGUUGUAAAAAGCCAGCAGACACAAUGAAAGAGGAUCUAGAAAGAGAAUGGCUGGAACGGGAAGCCAAGCUGAACCAGGAGAUAGAGAGGCUGAAGGAGCACCAUGGAAGAGUGGUACAGAAUGGGAUGAAAAAACAGCUGGACCAUAUUGCACUGACAAAGGAGGUGGCGCAGCUCAAGCAAGCCGAGAAAGAGCGUGCCGCACUCCGGAAGAGAGUGGAACAGCUAAAGUCUGACCUAGACCAAAAGGAUAAGCUGAUCUCCGAACUUUACACCGGCCACAUGGAGAAGAUGACGUCUAUGCAAUACCAGAUCGAUUUAUUGGAGUUGCAUUUGAAGCUGGAGACGCAGAAGCGAGCCGAUGCCGACGUGGAACUGGAAAAGACCCGUGCAACGCUAGCAUCCGCACUACAGACUAGCAAAAAUCAGACACAGACGAGUCACUUCGCUAUUGUCACCUCGUCCCCACCAACCCAGACGGAAAAUGACUUCUUCCUAAGGUCACCGGCUAAGGAACACCCGACUCCGGAACACUCCACUGCAGGACAACUCAUUCCACAACCCCCUACCCUGGAACCUUCCACUGUGGAACAAUCCGCUCUGGACCACCCCGCUACGAUAGUGGCAGCAGCGGAACCGUUUGCUCUCGACCCGGCAGCACCAGGAGCCCACGCUCUGGAACCGCGCAGCACUAAUUCCUCAAUGAACAAGUCCAUUGUGAAUAUGAGAUUGGCUGUAGGUGCAGAGGCAAAUGAUGUACUGUAUUCGCAAUUGAUGAAUCGUAGCUUUUCAGUGCCGUACGGAGCACCCCGUCCUUUCCAACAGGACAUGCCGUCACCUUUGGUAAUUGCCACACAACACAUCACCCAGGUGCCAAUAGAACGCCCGCCGCACAUUCGACGCAGCAGUAGCGUUGUGAGUCUUCCGAGGGGCCGUCCAACGGUUUCAGAUUCCACGAGUGGCAGACUUCCGUCCUUGGCAAGAGCAUCGUCGACCCAAGAGCGUCAUGCCUCUUCCAACGUCGGCUCAGGCACAAGCGGUGUACCUGCAAGGGCACGGCAUCUUUCAACCAGGCAACCAUAUCUACCCCCGUGGAAAUAAUGAGAUCAUGGCACAGCCCCUGCUUACGUACUUGUAGUACGAUAUCCCACAUUACGGAGAGGAACAAGAAAAAUUCCUAUCCUACCCAGAGUGUCACCCACUUAGUCUUGAUGCUACCCAGAGUGUCACCCUCUCCGUCUUGAUGGACACCGAGCAGGCAGUCCGUGUGGCAUGUCGUCCUAUACACUAAUACCAUCUCUAGUAUACAGGUACAUGAUUGUAUAACCCCCAAUAAUGGUUGCGUCCAAAACUCUGUACAGUAAUGAUAAUAAUGAUAUUGUUCUUCUUAGAGCAUGCACCGCGUCAGGGCCAAAGUAUUCCGUCAUGUUCUUUGAUACAUUUGUUAUAUAUGUACUCUAGUUAGAUAGGUACUCAUGUGUACUGUACAUAGUAGUAAUAUACCUACUUCCGUAGCACUACUAGC